CGUGCCGAGCUGAGCGGCACUCGCGCCGCCGCCUAUGGAGCCCGUGCAGGUGCCUGACGCCGCGGCGUUCCGGGGCUUCCGGGCGCAGUGCGAGGCGGAGCGGGGCUGGCUGAGUCGCUACAGUCGUGACGGCGUCGCCGUGUGGGUGCAGCCGCCGUCGCCGGGCGGCCCCGCCGUGCAUUGCAUCAAGUGCCGCCUGGACGUCUCAGAUGUGUCAGCAGAGACAGUGUAUGACGUGCUGCAUGACAUUGAGUAUCGCAGGAAGUGGGACCUGAAUGUCAUUGACACGCAUGACAUUGCCCAACUCGCCAUCAAUGCUGACGUGGGUUACUAUGCCUGGAAGUGCCCAAAGCCUUUAAAGAACAGAGAUGUGGUGACACUGCGAUCCUGGCAGGUCCUGGAUAACUGCUACAUGAUCAUCAACUUUUCUGUCAAACAUCCGCAAUAUCCUCCACGCAAGGACCUGGUAAGGGCAGUCUCAGUCUUAGCGGGAUAUCUGGUUCAUCCCACUGGGCCAACCAGCUGCACCCUGACUUACCUGGCUCAGGUGGACCCCAAAGGGUCACUGCCGAAAUGGGUUGUAAAUAAAUCUUCCCAGUACCUAGCACCAAGGAUGCUGAAGAAAUUGCACAAGGCCUGUGUGAAAUAUCCGUCCUGGAAACAGCAACAUGAUGUGGGCAUGAAGCCCUGGCUGUACCCUGAGCAGAACAAGCUUCCCACCAUGGCAGUGGCAGACUUGGCACUCCAACGUGCUGAUUCUCUGGAGAACAUUGAUGAGAGCAGCCUGUUGGAAGUGAAGGAUGAAAUGGGGGACCACAGUAGCUACGAGAACUGAUGCUGUUCUGUCGGCUCCUGGGAGGAAUGUCGCGUUGGGCUGUUGCACUGGGCUCCAUAGGAGUUUGCAUUAAAGGGGGGAAGCAUA